CGUCCACAAUAGCCGGAAAACCGGGUUAAAGCCAUAUGACCGCCAUUUUCUUGUGGUUAAUGCCCUUGAGGCUAAUUGAAACCUUCUCCAACGUUUCCUGUAGCUGAAUGCCGUGUCUAGUAGCCACUGCAAUCGAUUUGAAGCUGCGAAAUCGAUAAAGGAAUUGUGAUCGUCGAAACUUUGGAGUCUCAGAAAUUUGCUUUGCUUGCAUAUUGCAACAAUAUGGGAGACAUUAUAGUGGACACUUUCCACUACGAAGCACACAGUCUGCCAAACGAGGCUUUUGACGUGUUGGUUCAGUUUUUCAGGGAGAAGAAGUUAUGUGAUGUGAUCAUUCAAGCUGGAGAGCGUAAAGUCAAGUGCCAUCGUGUUGUUUUGUCUUCGUGCAGUCCAUAUUUCCGCGGAAUGUUUACGAAUGACAUGAUAGAAUGCUCCAAGGACACUGUUGUCAUUCAUGGAUUAUCCGAAGAAGCGGUUAUUCAGUUGAUUAACUUCAUUUACACGCGAAAAAUUACAAUCAGUAUUGACAAUAUUGAAGCUCUAUUGACUGCAGCAGCUGUGUUUCAACUUGAUCUAGUUGUUCAUGCUUGUUGUGAGUUCAUGAAACGGCAUCUUCAUCCGUCAAAUUGUUUAGAAAUGAGAGCGUACGCAGAGCUUCACGGCUGUAGAGACUUUAUUGAAGCAGCAGACGCUUAUUCAAGAAGUUGUUUCUUGAGUCUUAUGAACACAGACGCCCUUCUUAAAACCUCUUUUAGACAUUUUCUUGCCAUUAUCUCUGGAGAAGACCUUUUUGUGAAACGCGAGGAGCAGGUUUUUGAGGCCAUUGUAGCCUGGGUGCGAUAUGACUUAGUUUCUCGUGAACAGUUUCUGUCGGACUUGUUAAGUCAUGUGCGACUUCCCAUGAUUGCCACUGAUUACCUUAUACAACGUGUGGAAAGAGACUUGAUCAUCAGAAGCAAUGUUGCAUGUCGUGAUUUGAUAGACGAGGCAAAGAAUGUUAAACUUUAUCCUUCUUUGGUGAAAGUAAAUAUCAGGGCUCAACCACGCAAGUCCACAUCUGGAACCUUAUUUUCUAUCGGUGGUCGUGGGAAGUCAGGUGAUCCUCUUAAGUGUAUUGAAUGCUAUGAUUGGUUUCACAACUGUUGGUUCCAAGUAGCAGAAGUUUCAACACCUCGCAGGCAUGUGGCGGUGGCCUCUGUUGCAGGCAAGGUAUAUGCAAUCGGUGGGCAUGAUGGCAGUCAGCACCUUAACACUGUGGAGUGCCUUGACCCUGAAGUUAACCAAUGGAAGAUAGUUUCAUCCAUGGAAAUUUCACGGCGUGGAAUGUCUGCUGGUGUCCUGGAAGGAGUAAUAUAUGUUGCUGGAGGUUUGGAUGAGACAACCUGCUUUGAUGCUGUAGAAAGAUACGAUCCUGAAAAUGAUACUUGGAGCAUGGUGGCACCUAUGCUGAUGCCUCGAGGGGGAGUAGGUGUAGCAGGGCUGGGUGGCUACCUCUAUGCUGUUGGUGGUAAUGAUGGUGCUGCAUCUCUUCAAAGUGUGGAGCGAUACAACCCUCACACCAACAAGUGGAGCCGGGUAGCUUCCAUGAACCGCAGAAGAGCAGGUGUUGGUGUUGCUGUUGUAGGUGAGUUCUUAUAUGCCAUUGGUGGAUUUGAUGACUCUUCUCCUUUGGAUUCAGUUGAGAAGUACGACCCUCGUACCAACCAGUGGACGUACGUCGCCAAAAUGACAACAUGCAGGGGAGGGGUGGGAGCUGGUGCGAUGGGGGGACGUCUGUGGGCAGUUGGAGGCCAUAAUGGUGAACAAUAUUUGAACUCAGUAGAGUCAUACAACCCUUUGGCUGAUAUCUGGGAGGAAGGUGCACCAAUGCAUGUGUUUCGCGCAGGUUCUGGGGUUGUAGGAAGCUUUUGUGAUGUUGAAGUGUUACACAAUUCACGUGAUGCAAUCAAUCACAGGUUAAAAAUAGAAGUUUAGGUACCGGGUUGUUGGUUUUGAAGAGGCCAUAGCUUGAAUGUUACAGGAAAUAUAAUCAGGGCUCAAUACUAACUUUUCAACUUACUAGCCAAGUGGCAAGUGACAACUUAAAUGUUACAACAAUUUCAGUUUGUUUACU